UGAGAGUGGUUACUAUGGUAACUGUCCGGGAUUGAGACGCUGCAACCGCUGCUGCUGCUGUUGCUACUUAAAUCUCUCUGCAGAGAGUUUCUGCUGGAGGUUGGAGGCUAGAAAUUCUCUGUCCUUUUGCUUGUGUGAGUAAGCGAUGGACACCAACAGCCCCAUCCAAGUCUGAGGGAGGUACUUUUGAGCAGCCCCAGCCUGAAGAAUUUUUGCGUCUUCCAAAUAUGUGGACUGCAAUUCAUUUUUUAAAUAAAAUCCUUUUUUAAAAUAGUUUUUUUUAAUAUAAAAAAGCUUUUUUUUUUUUAAAUGCCAUUACUAAGGGACUAGAUCCAGCGUGCUUCCAGAAGGGAGCUUGAUGUUGGAGAAGAUUUGUUCAGUUGCUGUAAACGGGUCACGAGCACAACAGGUGUGUAGGGGUGUGUGUGUGUGUGUGUGUGUGUGUGUGUGUGUGUUUAAACUGGAUUUUCCCAGGAAAGAUAAAUCUGAAGGGAGUGGGAUAUGGACUGGCAAUUUUGCGUGUGGAUGCUGCAAAUAAUGAUGAUAAUAAUAAUAAUAAUAAUAAUAAUAAUAUCAUGAGCACUGUUCACACAAUAAGCUCUCAUAUCCAGGCACCUCUGUAUGGUCAACUGUGUUCUAUGCUGCCAAAAAAUCCACAGAGUAACAAUUGGGGGGGACAGACACAAAAGCACCUGUGUUGUGGCAUGAGUGAACUCAACUGGAGAGGUUUCGACUCCUUUCCAAAAAGCCAUUUCCCUAUUAAACAGAAGCCUGCUUAACCACAUUGCAUAUUCCCCACUAAAAUGAACACACUUUAUGUUCAUUACUUAAGCAUGAAAUGGACUUAUACAAAAUUAAAAGGGCAGGAGCCUUGUCUGGUUUGGCAAAAAACAAUGAUUUCGCCUCCUUCCCUGAAUUCCGGUAGCAAUCCUAUGUGAAGAAUGUUAUUUAUGACUUCAGUUAUUGUCUGAAUUAAAACAAGGAAAUCCUGUAGUAAGUGGCUGACAGGCCCUCUAUUCUUAGAGCUCUGUUUCCCCCUCCCUUAAUUCUUUUUAUUGCCCUUGAUAUCUCUUUUGAUAACCCUCUUGCCACCUUGUAGAGUGGUAGGGACAGCUGGAUCAUAGCCUCUGUCUCUUGACUUACGCUAUUGUUUUAAGAUUAGUGUGUUAAGCUCUUGUUUCCUAGUGCAGUGAUGCUCCAUCCCAUGAUAAGGCAAUGCUUCCCUUGGUAUUGGCCAGGCAUAGGCAAACUCGGCCCUCCAGAUGUUUUGAGACUAUAAUUCCCACCAUCCCUGACCACUGGUCCUAUUAGCUAGGGGUGAUGGGAGUUGUAGUCCCAAAACAUCUGGAGGGCCGAUGUUUGCCUAUGCCUGGUUUUGGCUGAUGGCAAGCGGUGCUUCAACUUCCUUGUUCACCGGGUGCUUAAGAGUGUGAUUGUUUUGUUGGACUCAGGUAGAGGAAGGUGUCAUCAGGCAUGUUUAUCAACAGAAUAUGUAUAUAUAUAUCCCCUCUCUCCCUUUACAGGAUCUGUAAAGUUUGAAAAGUGAAGGAGGCAAGAUAUCUAGGGAGUCCUGAUUUUGGUACAAUUCAGCUGCGAUGGGUAAAGAAAAGAAGAGAGACAGUAAGAAAGGAGAAAAGUCUUUGCCUCCUCCUCCCGCACACGAGCCCUCAGUAGAACCUGCUACUUCUGUACAGAACAUCCCACCGGCUGUAAAUCAAGUGGAUGAACAGGCAGCAGCCCAAACAGUUCCCCAAGAAGAGGUGAAAGAGGCAGUGGCACUUCCACCCCCAGAACCCAUUGAGUAUGAGGAGCCGAUUCUGACUCAGCUCAUUGUUGAAAGGUAAACUAGAAGGACUGGGGUGGGGGGUGGAGGACUUGGACUUAGACUAUGUAUGUGUGGCUGGUAAAGGUAAAGGUAAAGGGACCCCUGACCAUUAGGUCCAGUCAUGGACGACUCUGGGGUUGCGGUGCUCAUCUCGCUUUACUGGCCGAGGGAGCCAGCGUACAGCUUCUGGGUCAUGUGGCCAGCAUGACUAAGCUGCUUCUGGCGAACCAGAGCAGCACAUGGAAACGCUGUUUACCUUCCCGCUGGAUCGGUACCUAUUUAUCUACUUGCACUCUGACGUGCUUUUGAACUGCUAGGUUGGCAGGAGCAGGGACUGAGCAACGGGAGCUCACCCCGUCGUGGGAAUUUGAACCACCAACCUUCUGAUCGGCAAGCCCUAGGUUCUGUAGUUUAACCCACAGUGCUACCCGCGUGCCUGUGUGGCUGGUACCUAAGGUUAAUAACAGGCUUAAAUUUAUCAAGUUCAUGGCAAAGGCAUACAUUUAAAGAACUCUCAUACUACUUUAAUAGCUCCUUCAAAGCAUCCUGGGAAAUGUAGCUCUAUGAGGGGUGUCCUAACAACACUUUGCACCCUUAGCAAACUACAUUUCCCAGGAUUCUUUGUGGGGGUAUGACUGUUAAAUAGUACUUUGUACUUUAUACUACUGUUAUAGUAGUAUAAAGAUGGUUUACAUGGCAUUGAAGAUGCGAUCUUGCAAUUUACUAGCUAAUUCGAGGCUGUGUCCUCUUCUUUCUGGCAGUGUAAACAGAGCAAGGUAAUUAUAAUAUAAUAAUUAUAAUAUAUGUUUUUUGAGUUUAUUUGCUAAUAUAUCCCCUACUUUAGGGUUGACAUAUUUCAAAAAGUAAAAAAACCAGGACACUACAUUUCAGAAAUUCCCCCCGGAUAUCAAUUCUGCCUUUGAAAUCCCGGAUGUAUGGAAGACCUACCCUACUUUAAUCCAAGGGCUCAGGGCAAUUUGUAAAUUUCAGACAAAUAUAAAAUGAUUGUGCCCACUUUGAGAUUGGGAAUCUACUUAAUUAGAUGACUCUGUGCUGGUUUCUGAGUGAGAGUUGUUGUAUUUUUGCGUACCUUAAUGCCCUAAGGCAAUAUUUUUCAUCCCUGCAUCUGCUGGGGGUUCCAUUCCAUUUUGCAACCUUACACCUCCAAGACUUCAGUGAUGUUAGAAUGAAUAAUUAGUACCAAGUUUUAUCUUUGAAUCUGUAAAUGUUAAAAUAAAUUACUCAUUCUCUGUUUUUGCUCCGUUUUUUCCCUUUAUUGGGGAAGCAGGGAGAGUGGGAUGGCCUUCUGCAGAAUGCCACAACUUGUUGCAGAAGUUUCUCAACCCCCAAAGAGUAACCCCCCCCCCACUAUUUAAAGGGGUCAUGUGUGUGUGUGUAAGUAACUACAUUUAAGUGAAAACUUUACUAGUUACACCUUCUCCACCACUGAUGUACCCUGGUGAGAAAAGUUGUUUUACAAUUUGAUAUAGAUUAAUGCUUCUAUUUCAUGCUCGAAAUUAUUUUGUCUGCUCAUUAUAUGGAUUUAUUCAAUACCAGUUAAUUUUAAUCUUAAGAAUUUCCACCCUUUGUAGCUAUGAAGGAGAAAAAAUCUGUGGGUUAUAUGAGGGAGAAGGAACAGCUUGUUUUCAAGGAGGCAAUGUAUACAAGGUGAGUACAUUUGAUGGUGGGCUCUGUAUGUAUGUUUUUUUGGGGGGGGAGGGUGACCCGAACCUGUGAGAUAGGCUCAGAUUAUUGCUUUUACUACUCCGUGGCUGUAGUGGUGUCAUUACCAAGAAGCUGCUAGUGUUAGACUCUAGAUUUAAGUUGUCCCUCAGGCAGCAAAUGUGAGUUAAGGUCAUUUCCACACCAUACCUUUAAAGAACUCUUAUGCUAUUUUAACACUCACAUCUUCCUCCAAAGAAUCCUGGGAACUCUAGUUUGUUAAGAGUCUCCAAAUAAUUCCCAGCACUAACAAACUACAGUUCCCAGGAUUCUUUGGAGAAAGACAUGAGUGUUAAAAUAGUAUUUCUAUACCGCCCUUCAUCUGAGGAUCACAGAGCUGUUUAUAAUAUAAUACAAUCUCUCUCCAGGGUUUCAGACAGGACUGUUUCUUAGCCCCCACCCCCCCAGAAAUUCUCUUUCAGGUGUUUAGAUAUCCCUAUUUUCCUACUGUUUUGUUGUUUGGAAGUUGACAAAACACAGCUAUAUAAAUCAUCACAAACUGCUAUAAUUAUAAUUCUUAGCUAAAUCUUUUAAGCUUUUAUGGUGUUUUAUUUCUCUGGAUAUGUAUUUUAAGUACACUUAAUUAUUAUAUUGAUUGUUAACCCCAGAUCAAUUGCUUUUAUUGUUUAUGUAGAGAAUUAUGCAGAAAUUCUGGUUUAAAUAUGUUGGCCAUUGGCUGUAAUAAACACUGAUUGAUUGAUUGAUUGAUUGAUUGGUUGGUUGAAAUCUGUGUUUCAUUUUGAAGGGCAUGUUUUCUGAAGGCCUCAUGCAUGGACAAGGAACAUACACGUGGGCUGAUGGAGUGAAGUAUGAGGUAAAGUAUCAUGUUAAAUGGAGCAUCAUUGCAACUACCUUGACGGCCCUUAACUUGCAAGUACAUAUCUUAGACUCUUGGCCAAAGGAUAAUUUCCAUAUGCGUAUAUUAAAUCUUAUGUCUGUGCUUGUUUGUAGUGAUAAACCGAGAACCUGGGCUUAAUAAACCAUACUUUUCAAUUUUUAAAAGAAAAGGUAUAAUGCAUAAAUUUCCAGGUAAAACAAGAGAUCUCUUGUUCUAGCUGUGAAUCUCUUUUGUCCCUCCCCUCACCCCUCUCUCUAGGGAAACUUUGUGAAGAACCUACAAAUGCAUCAUGGCAGUUACACCUGGCCGGAUGGCAGCGUCUAUGACGGAGAGGUAAAGAGCGGGAUCAGGCAUGGCUUUGGCAUGUACAAGUGUGGCACCUACCCUGUUUCGUACAUCGGCCAGUGGGUCGAAGGCAAAAGGCAUGGCAAGGUAAGUAAAGCACCAUGGCUGAAGCAUCGCCUGGAUUGCUGGGGCAGGAAAAUCUCUGCUGUCCCGUCCUCAGAGCUGCUACCAAGUCUAGACACAGAUUUAAGAAUUGCUGAGUUGCCUGAAAGGGGAGAGACUCCAUCAGGCAAGGCCUCCUUCCACCUGCCUUGCCCCACCCUCUAGUCUCUGCUUCUCAAUUUGUAUUGUAUUAUUUUAUGUUCUGAGGCUUGCUGUUGUUUUAUUGAUUAUAGUUUAGAAAUUAUUUAUUGUAACUGUUCAGUGAAUUUCUGUUUAACUUUUAUAUGUUAUUAUUAUUUAAUACUAUUCUAAUGAUUGUUGAAUGUUACUUUUUUGAUGUAGGUUGCCUAUUUUAAAGUUUCAUUAUCACAUUUUUGUAUUGCAUUAGAUUGUUAUAAGAUGUGCAUUUUUUGUUUCUUCAGCUUGUAAACCGCCUUGAGUAUUGUAAGAUAGAAAGACGGUAUACAAAUUAAAAAUGAUGGUAAUGACAAGGUGACUGAUAGCAGUCCUCCUUUCACUCUUUGUGAGUUUUCUACUUUGCGAUUGGUGUCAUAGUUAAAAAGCAAACAAAACCGGGCCAGAUCCAGGCUUGUGGGGGCUCUUGGCCUCUUCUGGACCCCCUGUUAGGGAGACUUACCUUUUAAUUAUGGUAGGUUAAUUAUGGUAAUUAUGGCAGCCAAGCUCCAAUGAAUGUGUGCCAGGUGUAAGGAAGCAAGAUGGCAUGGUUUCCAUUCUGACCUGUGUCAGUCAAAUGUAGCACAAUCUCCAUUCUGCUGCAUGUUGUCUUUAGACAAAAAAACCAACGUUAUUCCUCUUGCUGUCCAGUGUGGCUGAAUUUUACAUAAUUAAUACGCUUCCACCCCCAUUUCAUUCAUUUCAGUGCAAAGGAAAUGCAAAUAUGGAAACGGUAAUCAGUUACAUAUUGUCCGUAGACAACAACAAUGGUCAGUACUAAUCAUAUUUGCAGGACUGAUUUCCAUUCCAGCAUGCUUCCUUCCAACACCACUACCUCACAAGCUGGUUUUGAAAUUGGGCAAAUCUAACUGUUUUGGUUUCUCAGUUUUUCCCAGCCUUUGGUUCUCCAUAUUUCCACAUUAGUUUACAGUCCUCCUGAAAAAUCAUGACCAUUUUAAUGCUGUUUUCUCCUAACCUGCACUUUUUUGUAUGCAUUUUUUUUCCUGACAUGCAUACAGUAUAAUGAGCUUUUGGGUGUCAUUUUCAUGGAUACAUACAUUUAUAAUGCACACUUUACCUUAGUACAUGCAAAUGCUUAGGCACUGGUUGAUUAAUGCGCUUGUAUGAUGUGCUUUCAGGGCACCAUUUAUUACAACAGGGAAGGUUCUUCCUGGUAUGAAGGUGACUUCGUAUACAAUGUAAAAAGUGGAUGGGGAAUAAGAUGGUAAGUUUUAGAACCUUUCUGAUUCAGCAGAUCUUUGGACACAUAUCAGCAGGACACAUAUCUGCAGGAAACUCACAUUUUCAUUUAUUACAUGUGCAUCAAGGAAGCCAAGGUACCCUCUGUUGGAUUUCCCUGUUAUGUCCUCAUAACAGCCCUGUGAGGUAGGCUAAAUGGAGAGAUUGAGGACCAAACCACAUAUUAUCAUGAUUGCAUGUUCAAAACAAUAUACAGUGGUACCUCGGGUUACAGAUGCUUCAGGUUACAGACGCUUCAGGUUACAGACUCCGCUAACCCAGAAAUAGUACCUUGGGUUAAGAACUUUGCUUCAGGAUGAGAACAGAAAUCACGCAGUAGUGGCGUGGCAGCAGUGGGAGGCCCCAUUAGCUAAAGUGGUGCUUCAGGUUAAGAACAGUUUUAGGUUAAGAACGGACCUCCGGAACGAAUUAAGUACGUAACCAGAGGUACCACUAUAUUUGCGAUGGGCCACACAUUUAUUUUAACAGAAACCAACAAUAAUGGCCUUUGCAACUGGAUUUUGUUUGUUUGUUUAACAUAGAAUGAUGACCAGUCUUAAAGAAACCACCAAGGCAACUUGUGAUUUGGCCUAAGAUUUGCCAAAAGUGAGCUUCUUGGCUGAGCAGAAUUCAUAGUUUCCUCAGUCACUAUCCCACAAUUACAUAUUAGGUAUCCUAAACGUGAAUCAAGUUGAAAUGCGCUAACUGUCAAAUAUGGUGUUAUGCGUUUGGUUGGGCUAUCUUAAAUACUGUGGGUAGCCAAGGACUAAUGAAAAAAUAAUACUGGAGACCUCUCUCCCACCUUUGGAAUGUAAAACCCAUCAGAGUUUGGGAAGGUGGCAUCUUGGGAAGCUUUUCAUUUUAUAUGCACUUUAAAAAAAAUAAUGCAAAUACUGUAGCAGCUACUGAUUGAGGGGAGCAGUAAUUAUCGGGAUUGAAGCAGGUGAGGAGGGAGUAUUUAACCUUUUCUUCCUUGCUGCAAUGAAAAUUACUCCUCCAAGGUUGCUGUUUGCAUUGGGAGUGAAUCUAGUGACCUUCCAAGGUAGACUUCCUAUAAACAUGGAGGUUCCGCUCAGCUUUUAUUGGUAAUAUACUUCUCCUCCACUGUAAUUUUCUCUUUCCCCCUUUUAAAGCCAUCUGCUGGUAGCUGCAUCACAUCUUGGGGAAAUGACUUCACAUCAUCCAGAAAUGACUUUAUGAAAUGUCAGUCUAUUUUAAAACAAUAUUCGUUGGGAUUGCCAACUCUGCUUUCUUUGUUCGUUUGUUUCCUUCGUAGUUAUAAAUCUGGAAAUAUCUAUGAAGGCCAGUGGGAGAGGGACAUGCGUCAUGGAGAAGGGCGGAUGAGGUGGCUCACGACGAAUCAGGAAUAUACCGGGCAGUGGGUUAAUGGCAUACAGGUAGGGCUGAACUACUUGGAUGUUAAAGUGGUACAGGUUAUUUUUUUUGUGUGGAAUUGUGGGAAGGAAUGUGGAAAUAACUAAAUUAAUGGUUCUUAUUACCCUGAGUAGUACCGAGUUAAAAACCAAAGAGGAAUGUAAAUGGGUAAAAUUGAUGGUAAUUGCAGCCAGACAGGUUAUAGCGAGUAAUUGGAAAAAUGCAGAAGAGUUAGGGGUGAACCAAUGGAGGAAAAAACUGAAUAAUAUUCUAAUUUUAGAAUACCUAACUGUGAAGAUACACAGAAUGAAAGGGUUUAAGGUCAGUGAGAAAGAGGAGGGUUAGUUUGAGAAGAUAUUGAAUUAUUUGGGUAGGUUUGAACAAUAUGGGGCAUUAAAAUGUUAAAAGUUAAAUAAACCUUGUGGAGGGAGGAGUGUUAAGGUAUAUAGAAGUGUACAUAUGGUUGAUUUGAAUAUGUUAUUAUUGAAUAUUAUUGAAUAUGUAUAUUAUUGAAUAUGUAUACCCAAUGUAUCAGCUGCCCGGGGGGGGUUUCACUGUUUGUGUUUUGGUGGUAGGUAAAAAGUAAAAUAUUUUUAAAAGUGGUACAGAUAGGACUCAAGUAAACAUUAGAUUAAUUGUGUGACUUGGAGCCACAUCAGGGUUUUGUUUUUAAAUCCUCUCCAUGGGAGGGCAAUUUCCAUUAGCCUGCAGUGUGGAGGGGUAGGAGAUCCAUCUCUUUCUUCUGCACCCAAUUACCUCCCGAAGCAGCAAUUGGUGAUAGAAGUAAAGCUCUCAUUAACAUAUUUGUGAAAGCUACUCGUUACACGGAUGAUCGCCAUGGCUAAUAAUUUCGCAAGGAUCAUAGGCUGUCAAAAUAGGACUACCUUGUUAAAUUGCACCCCACUUUUAGACGUGUAACUCAUGCAUGGUCCAUAUAUUAGGGUUUCCAAAACUUGGGUCUCCAGCUGUUUUUGGACUACAGUUCCCAUCAUCCCUGGCCACUGGUUCUGCUAGGUGGAAAUGAUGGGAGUUGUAGUUCAAAAACAGCUGGAGACCCAGGUUUGGAAAACCCUGGUCUAUAUGGAGAGCAGCCAUCUUUCUUAAGUGGAAUUUUACAGAAACCAGGAAUGCUCCUAACUGACACACUCUAAAUCAGAGAUAGGGAACUUCUGGCUUUCCUGAUGUUCUUUGACUCCAGUUCCAAUCAUCCAUGGACCAUUGGCCAUGUUGGCUUGGACUGAUGGGAUUUGGAGUCCAGCGGCAUCUUGACGUUCCUCAUCUAGCUUCUACCAUAUUCUCUGGUUAAGUUGGGAAUUCUUGGGAAGUUGGGACGUCAUUACUUCAACCAAAGGCGUUCUUGAAGCAAUGUUGCAAUGCAACAGAUAAUCUGUUCCACAGUGCUCCUUGGUGUUGUUCACCUAAUUCACCUAAGCAUUGGCUCCCAGUACGUUUCCGAGCACGAUUCAAAGUGUUGGUGCUGACCUUUAAAGCCCUAAACAGCCUCGGUCCAGUAUACCUGAAGGAGCCUCUCCACCCCCAUCGUUCAGGCUGGACACUGAGAUCCAGCGCCGAGGGCCUUCUGGCAGUUCCCUCAUUGCGAGAAGUGAGGCUACAGGGAACCAGACAGAGGGCCUUCUCGGUAGUGGCGCCCGCCCUGUAGAACACCCUCCCAUCAGAUGUCAAAGAGAUAAACAACUACCUAACAUUCAGAAGACAUCUUAAGGCAGCCCUGUUUAGGGAAGUUUUUAAUAUUUAACGCUGUACUGUUUUUAACACUUGAUUGGGAGCCGCCCAGAGUGGCUGGGGAAACUCAGCCAGAUGGGCGGGGUAUAAAUAAUAAAUUAUUAUUAUUAUUAUUAUUAUUAAUUAAUUAUUAAUUAUUAAAAUUAUAAUUCUAGUGCACUCGCUGAGAGUUGGUUUUUUAAAAUCUUUUUCAGCACGGCUAUGGUACCCACACUUGGUAUCUGAAGAGAAUACCCGGAUCACAAUACCCCCUAAGGAAUGAAUACGUGGGAGAUUUCGUCAAUGGGGACCGCCAUGGACACGGGAAGUUCUUCUUUGCCAGUGGAGCAAUGUAUGAUGGGCAGUGGGUUCACAAUAAGAAGCAAGGCAUGGUAAGAUUUGGGGUAUGGAAAGCUCAGAAACAUGGCAUGAAACCUCAGCCUCCUCACUGGAACUGUAAAACAAGUGUUGCUGCAGAAUAAAGGGUUAAAUAGAGCAUUGGCAAAGCCUCUAUAUCUAUCCAUCAAUAGCUAGUUCUCAGCAUUCUGUUGCAAUGCAGUGUGGCCCACAGAACCCUGCCUACAAUGAUGCUAACUGGUGUGUAGUUGGCCUGUUUUUAUCUCUGCCAUUGGGGACAUAAAUUUCCCUUUCCCCCCCUUCAGGGUAAGCUUGUGUUCAAGAAUGGCCGUGUCUAUGAAGGCGAAUUUAUCGAUGACCAUAUGGCAGAAUAUCCAUCUUUUCAAAUUGACAUCAUGAAUAACCAAGAUCUGAGUGGCAUUCGGACGACGAGUCCCUUUGGCACUGGUGAGGAGCCUGAAGUGUGGCGGAAAGUAAUUUGGGUGUGUAGCACCUUGGACCCUCCAAGAAGUUGCUGAACUACAACUCCCCACAGCGCCAGUAAGCAUGGCCAACGGCCAUGAAUGAUGGGAGCAGCAGUUCAGCAACAUCUAGAAGACUAAAGGCCCCUCGCACCUGGACUAAAGUGAGGGCAGCUGGAGUUAAAAUGCAUUUAAAAAAUGUAUUUUAUGAGAGUGAAUAUGUUUAGAAAUGCACAUUUUUGUGAGGAUUUCAGUAUCGUAUGUGUGGAGUAGAAUUAUGGUGGACACCAGUGUUGUGUGGUGAAUUUUUUCUUAGGGGAACAGUUAGGAACAGAGGCGCCAGCUUACGAGGGCAAUUACGGGGGUGUUGCAGGCUUGAGCCUCGCACCUCCCUCCCUAAGCUAGACAGAAGCUUCCCGGGCUUUGGGAAGGAGAUGCUAGGGGAACAUUUAGGGGGCUGGCCUUGUCCCCCUAGUCCACUGACCACACGCCACUGGUGAACACAGGCAACACAACGUCAACUCGAGAAAGGUUAAUAGCGCAAUCCUUUUUCUUUCUUUUCAAAAUCAUUUUUAUUUGAUUUUUCAAAUAUAAAUUUACAACAAAAUCAAUCACAAAUCCAUACAAAGAGAUUUCUCUGAAUCGCAAGACUCCAUCCCCUCCAUGGGUCCUAAUUUCAAUGCUUACAACUGCAUAUCAAUCCGUUCUCCACAUUUUUGUCCAUCUCGUUUAUCCAUAGUAUUUGUUACUUUACAAGCGAGAUUAAAAUCCUGCUCAUGUUUCCAUUUGCUUACAAUGGCCUCUUAAAUAAAUUGUAACCCCCAUUCUUUUUUAAAGUUCUUGUCCUCUUGCUUCCUGAGCUUCCCAGUUAGUCUUGCCAUUUCAGCAUAGUUCAUCAACUUGGUUUGCCAUUCUUCCCUGGUCGAGAUUGUUUCUUCUUUCCAUCUCUGGGCUAAUAACAUCCGUACGGCCAUUGUCGCAUACAUAAAUAGUAUUUUCUGAUCCUUUGGAAUCUCGGUACCUAUAAUUCCUAAUAAAAAAGCUUCUGGUUUUCAAAGGAACGUUAUUUUAAACAUCCCCCCCCCCAGUUCAUUAUAUAUCAUAUCCCAAAAGGUUUUUAUUACCUUACACGACCCCCAGAUAUGAUAAAAGGUACAUUCUUUUUCUUUACGUUUCCAGCAGGUAUUUGUGCUUGCUCUGUACAUUUUUGAAUAGCGCAAUCCUAACCAUGCCUGCUCAUUCCUGUUGAAUUCAAUAGGUCUUGCUCCCAGGUAAAUGAGGUUAAGAUUGCAGCUUGAUUAAUCCAUUAGGUGUCCACCGGGGUCCUCAGGUCUGCUUGUGCCGAUGUUGCUCUUUAAAUUUUUGUAACAAAUAAUUCUCAGAUUGAUUUCUUUCCUCCCACCGCCUGCCCCACUGCGAAGAAAGUAUCAAAGUUGUUGAUGGCCCAGAUAGUACAUCUGCGCUGGGAACGAAUAUAGAAAUAGAUAUAUCAACUUUGUUGGCUAUAUUUCCAGAAGAAAACAGGGAAGAAGAAAUCAAACAGGUAAAAGGGCUUUACAUUUAUGAUUUUUUUUUUAAAAAACGAUUUUUAAUUUCAAGGAACAAAACAUACCCGUACAAGAAAAAUAUAGCUUGGUAGUUGUACAGAAAAGAAAGAAAAAUAGAGGCUGAUGGUUGUAGUUUUUAGACCUACCAAAAAAGGCAAUGAAAUGAAGGUUCCAUGAGUUGAUGGAGGGUGAAAACCGUAUUUGAUUGCCUUAACAAAAUCAAUAAUAUGAUACCAGGUUGUACAGAACAGGCAUGUCCAACUAGUCGAUCAUGAUCUACUGGUUGAUCGCGGGAUGUCCAUGGUCGAUCCUGUGAUCCUUAGCGACACCCCCCCCCAAAAAGAGCUCAACAACUUUGCCUGUCAAUGACAAUGGGUAGAUCACAGGCGGCAUUAUUAUACUGUGAGUAGAUUGCAGUCUUUUGGGAGUUGGACGUGCCUGGUAUAGAGGUGUGAGUCUUCCCUUCAUGCAGUGUUGGAAAUGUAAACCUUCAAUCUCUCUGUCAGUCCGUCCAUCUCUUAAUAUCUGGGCAGGAUUCACCCACCAGCCCUAUUGGUGGACCUCUGCUUGUGCAAUAUGGCUUUCCCUCCACUCUCCCCCAACACCCCUUAAAAUUAUCUCUGCAUGGGGUCAGGAAAUCGCCCAGAACAGCACACUGGAGCAGGAGAUCAUUUGUUCUGGCAGACUGAAAUGCUUGAGCUGAUGGAACAUUCAAUGUAGCACAUCAUUGAAAUCCUCCUUUAGUCUUAAUUAUUGCUACUGAUCAUAGAGUUUUCAAGGUAGACUACAAAAGGGACAAUAAUAAUAGUAAGAUAACACAGAGACACAAUUAAUGCGUAGAAAAACCCUUUCCCCAAAGAGCUUCAUUAAUAAGUCAGGCUGGCAAAUAUUAAUAAAUAUGAGGUAUAUAAAUACAAAUAUAUUUUAUUAUACAUAUCUAGCUUAUUUAAUACGACAAAAUACUUAUACUUUUUUAUUACCGAUUUUCUAUAGAAAACUAUAUAUAUUUGUCUCCAGACAGAGUUUGCUGUAUUGAGAUAUAUCUCGGAACUGAGGCGAAUCUACACCUUCUACAGCAGCUUAGGAUAUGACCAUUCUCUUGAUAACACUUUCCUGAUGACGAAGCUUCAGUUCUGGCGAUUUCUAAAGGACUGCAGAUUCCACCACUGCAACCUUACGCUUGCUGACAUGGAUAGGAUCCUGAAUGGUUUGCAUUCCUAAUAGAAUAGACUGUCCAUGUUAUUUUAGUAGUGGCAGAGCAGCAACCAAUAAGCAUGGGUAAAUAGCCCAUUUGCAACUUAAUGAAGCCAACGCCUUGCGUUGAAGUUCAAUGAUUGGCCCAGUUCGCAUGUGUCACUAAAUCAUGGUGUGGCGGUAAAUGGAAGAGCCUCCACAAGUUUAAGCAAAGCCUUAGGUUUGUGUGUGUACACACACACACACACACACACACACACACAGUCACCCCACAUGUCCCAAUCAGGGGGUUGGAUCCUGCCUGUCGUUGGCUCUGGCUUCACCUGCUGUUGGUUUCCCUUGCUUCUGCCCUACCAGUCCCGAUGGGCACAAGCCACCACCACGUGGGGUGAGCCUCAUAUUAUGCCUUUACUUUUGGUACAGUUCUCUUGCUAUUGUUCAGUUAGUGUAGCCGGUAAUCCAUACUGGAUGGAAGGGAUAUAACUGUUUUAUGUGCAUGACAUAAGUCAGUUUUCAGAAUGUCUUUACCCUAAAAUAAUUAUAAUUAAUUACACAAAACAUAAAAUACACACCAAGAUUUUCAGUUAAAGUCAGGAAUGAAAACAAGUUGACCUAAAAAAACAACAACUCGUUAGAACUCUACCUCUGCAUUGCUCACUGUAUACAGUACAGUGUUUCUGUUUGUUUUUCAGAUAAAACAUUACUUGAAGAGAUUCACUCUCCAUAUGAGACUUUGCUACUCCGAAUGUUUUUGACAUAUCUCAUCUAUUUGUCCUUCCACAUCUAUCAUAAGGAGUUUGAGUAAGUGGCUUGUCCAUCAGCUAAGGUAGCGUCGAACCUGAGAAUAGUUUGCUGAAAAGUCACCAGUUUAAAAUCUCAACACAAGGCACCUCCAGGCUGUCAGUAGGUUGCUGGAGGGGUUCAAGUGUAUAUUGGAUAAUUAGAAUUGUGCCAUUAAAGUAGAUUAAAGUGCUGUGUUGCCCUAGGUCAAAAAAAUCCAUUUCUGAAAAAUAGACUUCUAGGAUUUUGGAAAGUGACAGGUAAUUGCCUUGAAAAGUGUUGAAUGAGCAAAUGAUUAAUGGGAAGAUGUACAAACACUCCACAAGCAAAUCAGGAUUAAUGCUUGUCAUGGAACUUCCCUGCAAACAAAUUGGAACGAAUGUUCAAUUCAGUUUUUAAAAUGAUUUAUUUGAUUCUUCCAACAUAUAACAUGUACACACAGAGACACACAAAAUAAUAUAUAUAAUAAAGUAAAACGGGCACAAGGUUUGAAGCAUAAAGACUCUUUUGAAACUGACUGGUAUGGCUUUAUUAUAUAUGUUCUUAGAAUGAAGACAAAGAACAUUAUAAAACCUUUUGCUUAAUGUAAACUGUUGAUUGCCUUCUAUAUAAACGGUUGCACACGAUAGGAACUGAGAACGUUGUUUGGAUGUUCCUUCGGAUGCAAUGCCCAACUCCCAUCUUCUGGAUUAGGGAGGGAUAGUUUCUAAAAAAUUAUUGUUUUUGGAUCCAUAAAUAGUCAACAUAGUUUUAAAAAAACAAAACAAAAAUAACCAAACCAAUUAGCUGAUGAAAAACUGCAGCCCUACAACACAUAACUCUAAAAUGCAAUCUCUUCUGAAUUUCUGAAACCUGUUUCCUCCGCAUAUCGCAGUAGUGACUGCUAUAUCGAAUUACUGUUUUAACUCCAGCAAUACGAGUCCCCGCCUCUUCAAGUGCUUCUGCAAGCUGAUGGUCAAGAAUAUCUGUCCUAACGCCUGCCAAAUAAAAGGUGGGCUAUGCAUUUUGGUUUGGUUUGGAUUCCUACAUUUCCCCAGAUUUCAUUUACGCACAGAUGUUUGGGCCUUUUUCAUCAUCUGGCUCUUCUCCCCCCCUGCCCCCGUUUGCCUCUGCAGGCAUCUUGUUCAGCGACCGGCAACAAACAGUCUACGCUAUCAAUUACAUUGACAAGUGUUGGGAGAUAUUCAGGGCCUUUUGUCGACCAAAUCCCGUUGCUCCGUACGAACCGACCAUGAAGAUGAGGCACUUCCUCUGGAUGCUGAAAGUAAUCACCAUCUCAAGGAUUUAUUUCGGGUCUUGUUAGUGACGGAUGUUAUCUGUCAGUGUUGGUUCAUCUCAGGUUCUCAUUUUUCCUGUCAUCCAUUCUCUGCAUUUCCACAUCAGUUUGUUACAGUGGUGCCCCGCAAGACGAAUGCCUCGCAAGACGAAAAACUCGCUAGACGAAAGGGUUUUUUGUUUUUUGAGCUGCUUCGCAAGACGAUUUUCCCUAUGGGCUUGCUUCGCAAGACGGAAACGUCUUGCAAGUUUGUUUCCUUUUUCUUAACACUGUUAAUACAGUUGUGACUUGACUUCAAGGAGCAACUCAUAGAACGCGGUGUGGUAGCAUUUUUGAGGUUUUUAAAGACUUUGGUGAUUUUUGAAGCUUUUCCAAAACUUUCCCGACACCGUGCUUCGCAAGACGAAAAAAAUCGCAAACCGACAAAACUCGCGGAACGAAUUAAUUUCGUCUUGCUAGGCACCACUGUAUUUUGGUAUUUUUUUUAAAAGCCCUCAUGAAAAUUAUCAAUAUUUUAGCACAAAUUUCUCAUACUAUACAAUUGCAUAGAAUUUUUUCAGUUUUUGUAUGCAAUGGCGGCCUAAUAUACACAUUUUCACAAAGCAUGUUUAACCUAAUAUCGGCAUGUUUUCACAAAUAUAUGCCUUCGUAUUUACAGCUUAUUGUAGCUUUUGCAUUUUUAACACAUUUUGGCCCAUGUAUCAUUUGGGAGAACAUGAACUAGGUAGCAGCACAUGCCAAAUUGAGAAAUUUGGAUAACACUAACCAUUUUGUUGUUGUCGCUUCAUUCUCCAGGAUUUAAGACUCGUAAGCAAGCAGUUAACCGCUACCAAAAUUGUGAAUAUACUGGCCAAAGACAGCCCUUGUGUGCGUGAUGGAGAUGACACUAACUUAGAACAUGAGGUAUAUGUAUUUCGGGAAAGUGUGGGGAAAUAUGGUCUGGGUGUAAAUUUCUGCGGCUACACUGAAAAGAGCCAAUCCACUUCAGGAGCUGGUUGGGCUUGGACUGUCCUUCGCCCAGAAGGAACUUUGUUUAAGAACAAAAGCUUUUGCUAGUUAAUCAAUAUGAUGAGUCAUAUAAGAUUCUAAUGUAGAGCUGAGCCACUCCAAGUGGGACUUUGGGCGAGUGAAAUUAAACUGCCCCAUUUGCUUUUUCCUGGCAUCUGUUCCAUGAUCCGGCCAGCAUCAAUUGCCCACCAGGCAUCAUUCCCCCUUCUACCACAAAGAUCCAGAAGCAUGGUCCUCACUCUGAUUUGGCAUCGUUAUUGUUAAGUUGUGGGUGAACAUAUCAGACGACACAGCGAUUCUUCAAACAGCUCUUGUUUAUUCACAGGCCAGAACAGAACUGAACUGAAGGGUUCAUUAUUAAUGAUUCUGGAGCAGAUCAUUAUUAAUGAUUCUGGAGCAGAUCAUUAAGCAAACAGUCUGUGAGCACCUAGAAAGGAAUGCUGUGAUCACCAAUAGUCAGCAUGGAUUUCUGAAAAAUAAGUCAUGCCAGACUAACCUGAUCUCGUUUUUUGACAGAAUUACAAGUCUGGUAGAUGAAGGGAACGCAGUGGAUGUAGCCUACCUUGAUUUCAGCAAGGCAUUUGACAAGGUGCACCAUGAUAUUCUUGUAAAGAAGCUGGUAAAAUGCGGUCUUGACUAUGCUACCACUCAGUGGAUUUGUAACUGGCUGACUGACCGAACCCAAAGGGUGCUCAUCAAUGGCUCCUCUUCAUCCUGGAGAAGAGUGACUAGUGGGGUGCCACAGGGUUCUGUCUUGGGCCCGGUCUUAUUCAACAUCUUUAUCAAUGACUUGGAUGAUGGACUCAAGGGCAUUCUGAUCAAAUUUGCAGAUGACACCAAACUGGGAGGGGUGGCUAACACCCCAGAGGACAGGAUCACACUUCAAAACAACCUUGACAGAUUAGAGAACUGGGCAAAAACAAACAAGAUGAAUUUUAACAAGGAGAAAUGUAAAGUAUUGCACUUGGGCAAAAAAAUGAGAGGCACAAAUACAAGAUGGGUGACACCUGGCUUGAGAGCAGUACAUGUGAAAAGGAUCUAGGAGUCUUGGUUGACCACAAACUUGACAUGAGCCAACAGUGUGACGCGGCAGCUAAAAAAGCCAAUGCAAUUCUGGGCCUCAUCAAUAGGAGUAUAGCAUCUAGAUCAAGGGAAGUAAUAGUGCCACUGUAUUCUGCUCUGGUCAGACCUCACUUGGAGUACUGUAUCCAGUUCUGGGCACCACAGUUCAAGAAGGACACUGACAAACUGGAACGUGUCCAGAGGAGGGCAACCAAAAUGGUCAAAGGCAACCAAAAUGGUCAAAGGCCUGGAAACAAUGCCUUAUGAGGAACGGCUAAGGGAGCUGGGCAUGUUUAGCCUGGAGAAGAGGAGGUUAAGGGGUGAUAUGAUAGCCAUGUUCAAAUAUAUAAAAGGAUGUCACAUAGAGGAGGGAGAAAGGUUGUUUUCUGCUGCUCCAGAGAAGCGGACACGGAGCAAUGGAUCCAAACUACAAGAAAGAAGAUUCCACCUAAACGUUAGGAAGAACUUCCUGACAGUAAGAGCUGUUCGACAGUGGAAUUUGCUGCCAAGGAGUGUGGUGGAGUCUCCUUCUUUGGAGGUCUUUAAGCAGAGGCUUGACAACCAUAUGUCAGGAGUGCUCUGAUGGUGUUUCCUGCUUGGCAGGGGGUUGGACUCGAUGGCCCUUGUGGUCUCUUUCAACUCUAUGAUUCUAUGAUUCUAUGGUUCAGUCAGCCUGCUUAUAUAGAGCUCCAGUACAAUGUAACUGUAACAAUUUUCUAAAACUAUCCGAUCACUGAACGUCACUUUCGAUCCCUUAUUUGCAUAACUAUCUACAGUAUCCCCCUGCUGACCCAGGGUGAGAACUUCAGUACAUAACAGUUAUGAUGCCAUGUCAUCAUGUGGUGCUGCCUUGAUGAGGCAAUCAGAGUGAGGGCUGUGCUUCCUGCCUUAUCUUGAGAGCUUUGCAAGGAAACAACAUACCUGUCAGCAACCAGAUAGCCCAUGGGUAGGCAAACUAAGGCCCAGGGGCCAGAUCCGGCCCAAUCGCCUUCUCAAUCUGGCCUGCGGAUGGUCCGGGAAUCAGCGUGUUUUUACAUGAGUAGAAUGUGUCCUUUUAUUUAAAAUGCACCUCUGGGUUAUUUGUGGGGCCUGCCUGGUGUUUUUAUAUGAAUAGAAUGUGUCCUUUUAUUUAAAAUGCAUCUCUGGGUUAUUUGUGGGGCCUGCCUGGUGUUUUUACAUGAGUAGAAUGUGUGCUUUUUUUUUUCCCUUCUUCUCUUAUUUUUGUAAUAUGUCGAAACUUUAAUAAAUAUUUUAGAAUGUGUGCUUUUAUUUAAAAUACAUCUCUGGGUUAUUUGUGGGGCAUAGGAAUUCGUUCAUUCCCCCCCAAUAUAGUCCGACCCCCCACAAGGUCUGAAGGACAGUGGACCGGUCCCCCACAGGUUGAGAACCACUGAACAACAAGCAAUAACUCAGUGAUGUGAGACCUCUUGAAGGUCCAUCACUGGAACCCACAGUGAAGUAAUCUCAGACUCCAGAUUGGCUCCACCCAUCCAGGCUUCUCAUUGGACCCUCCUAGGUUGGAAAGGGCUAUGAAGAAUUUCCUGGUCAUACCGCAUCCCUGAGCAACAAUGAUUGUCCUACAUCUGGUGUCUUUUGGCGUGUUCCUCAGCGCUGACUCCUGGUUCGAACGCCGAACACAAUUGCUGACCUGGCUCCUCUCUGACAGCUGCUUGCAGCUCAGCUGUUUCACAGGUCCCUAGUUAGGACCCCUCCAGGAAUAUUUUGCCACAUGUUCUCGGUGGAUUAGCGGUGGGUUUAUUCCAAUUUGGUUUGUUCUGCAGCGCUUCUCCAGUGCAGCCAAAUUAUUGCUGUCUGGAGGGGCUGUAGUGCAACAGAAGAAGGACAAAAAUAAACCAGAACUUUUGUGGACUAAAAAGUAAGUGGAUUUCAGCAGGAAAGACAUGCACUGGUUGGAAAAGAAGCAACAUGUCCAUCCCAAAACUUUCGCAGGUACAAACGGUACUGAAAGUGGGCAUGACUAAAGAAUAUUAGGUCGUUUCGGUAGAUACGAUAUAAUGGAAUAAGUAAAGAUGAGUUGAUGAAUUUGAUGAAAUAGAGGAGGUUUAAUUAUAUUACUUCAAUUUUAAAAUAUGUAAAUGAAAAUAAGAUUAGAGGGAUUUGCUGGAAAUACGAUUUGAACAAGAAUACAAAAUUGGGAGGUGAGAGGAGGUCAAUGGAAAUAAGUAAAGGGAAAAGGAUAUGUAAAGGUUUAACCUGCUUUUGUUUUAUUUUUAACUUAAUACAUUUUUAUAUUUUUGUUAAGUUUUCUUUUUUAUUCUAUCUCAUUGUUCUUUUUACUUGUUUAUUUUUUGCUCUGUUAUGGUCAAAGUUUUCUUUGUACUCUGUAUGGCUUUUCUUUUUUUCUGUGAUUUUAAAUUUGGAAUAAAUAUUAUUUAAAAAAAAAAGAAAGAAAGUGGGCAUGACUAGUUAAUCAUAAGAAAUGUGCAAUAAAAAGUUGCCUGGAGGACCCUUUGAUCUUGUCGAUUAGAAGUGACUUGUUCUCUUCUUCCUUUGUUGUGCUACAGCUUGUUUUCCUGGAGUUUUUCGAAGCUCUGCUGGACUGUGCCCUGUUGUACGUCACCGAUGAGAUGCUGAAACAGCAAGCGGAAGAAUCCAGUCAUUCAACAAGUUCCUUCAGAACAGAUGAGUUCAUAGACCCGGCUGCUGGGCCUCCUUUGGCUCAGGACUUGUCCUCUGUUCAGGUUAGUUCUCAGAGCGUAAACAUUGACUCUCUUCGCUACAGGUAAGGGAUGAGUUAAAUGCAGCAGUAGCCUUUCACGAGGUUUGCUGGCCUCCCAAAUUGAGUUUGGGCACUUUCCGGAACGGAAGCCAGACAUAUCAAGCAAACUUAGGAUCUUCAAAGAGGGGGCAGGUUUGACAGGGUACGUUGGCCCCUUACAACCGUCAGGAACAACGCCUCAACGCCUUCCACAUCAGGAGGAUUUGGGGCAUCACAUGGCCAGACAGAAUUCCCAACAACAGUGUGUUCUCUCAAGUCCACAUUCCCAGCAGAUUUGCACUCCUGUCUUAGUGACGUCUAUGCCAGUUUGCUCAUGUCCACAGAAUGGAAGAUGGUAGGAUCCCCAGGGACGUGCUCCACGGAGAGCUGGCUUCUGAAACCAGCCCAAUCGGCAGGCCUGCUCUGCAUUACAAAGAUGUCAGUAAACAUGACACGAAGGCUGGCAACGUCACCUCCGCCAUGUGGGAAUCCCUCACGGACGACCGCAGUGCCUGGAGACGGGCAGUCAAGUCGUGUAUCCAUAGCAGUGACCAGAGGAGAAACGACCACUGGGAAGACAGCAGGGAGAAGAAACGCCAUGGUGCAUCUGCAGCAACACAGCUGGACACCUUCACCUGCCCCAGCUGCAACAAAACAUGUCUCUCCUGUAUCGGUCUUCACAGCCACAGCAGGCACUGCAGCCACCCAACAGCUUGUCCUCAACCCCAAGGCGCAUUAUUCCAUUGUCUCCUGAGACAGACAGAGGCCAACAACAACAGGCCCCUUAUGUGAAUUCUACCACUCAACAUCUUCUGGGAACGAAAAGGAGUUUAAGGCUGUCUUCAUGGACACAGUCUUGUUUUGACUUCUCCGGGCCUUAGGGUUAGAAGUUGCUGGCAGCUCAGGGGUAGGGUUAACCCUGAUCUAGAUUGACCAGUGGUCUGCCUUUGGGGGUAAGGGGGCUUCCUAUGUUCCUCUGGUGGUAAGACUCCCGGGGGCCAAAGCACUAGCAGUUCUGAGGAACUAUGAUAUCAGUAAACACCAAAUGGCGCUGACUGCUGCCAUGGAGAACGGGGGGGCAGGGGAACUGGUCACACAAGGACAGUGCAAGUUUCCUCUGCCACAGAACACAAGGACUCAUGGAACGAGCCCAUUGUGGGGGCAAAGGGCAGGCAACAUCACAAGGGUCCUAAUUUUUAAAAGGUGACUGUUAACUCAGUGAUAGGACACAGAGUUUUUUUUGUAGAAUGUCACAGGUUCAGUUUUUAAAAAAUCAGAUGACGGGAAAUACUUCUGCCUGAAAACCUGGAAGCUCAGUCGGUAGAGCAUGAAGCUCUUAACCUCAGGGUCGUGGGGCCAAAGAUUCCUUCAUUGCCGGGGGCUGGACUAGAUGACCCUCAUGGAGCCAGCUCUGUAAUUCUAUUAUGCUUCUAGGCAAUGCUGGGCUUGAUGGACAAAGGCCACAUCAGCACCAUUCAUUUAAAGCACAUUUAAAGCUCAUGGGUUCUGCUGGGAACUAUAGUUCAACCCUCACAGAGCCACAGUCCACAACACACUUCUCAAACUACAGUUGCCAUAAUUCUUUGGGGGAAGCCGUGUGCUUUAAAAGUAUGGUGUGGAUGUGACCACGCUCAGAAAUGAAGUUCUGGUGCUGGAUCUAGACACAUCAAAGAAGCGUUUCAGUUAAAUGCGUUGUAAACUUUGUAUGAGAAAUUGGGUUGGCAAAAAUGGAGCUCCACAGCAGCAUCCGGUGAGUUAGAAUGCAUCAACAACACAUAUAAAGUGCUUUUUCUUUGCCAAUGUAGCUGAGUCCUUGAUCUAGACCUAUGUGCUUGCAUAUCUUUAAAGCACAAUACCUCUAACUGGAGUUCAGAGGGGUGUUUUCGUGUGUGUGUGUGUGUGUGUGUGUGUGUGUGUGUGCGUGCGCGCGCAAGUGUCUUUUAUCCCCGCCCCCAUAUAGCACCUCCAACUAACUACAGUAUUGUUCUUAUUUUCUUCUAUUCUUUUAAAAUUAUCAGUCCGUUCAAACCAGAAGUUUAAGCAGUGGCGAAACAAGCACUGAGACCACAGAAACCCAGCAUGUCAAGGCUUCCACAAGCAAGAUUGUGCAUUUUGUGGAUGUUGGCAAGGGAAAGAAGUCCGAGGUCAGUGGGGUGAUGAAGCAUAAUGGCUGUUUCGAGGUCCUAGGUCCAGGAAGGACUUGGAGAGUUUCUUGCUUGAAAUCGCAGAGAGCUGCUGUCUGACUCAGUACAAAGCCACUUUCCGUGUUCCCAGGAAAGGGCCUUUUCAGUGGUUGUCCCCUAACUCUGCAACUCUCUUCCCUGGAAGGCCCACCUACAUUCCUCUCUUUAGUUUCCCGAAAGAUGAUGAAUAGGUUAUUUCGGAGGUUUUUGGGCAUUGUGGAAGUUGAAUUGCCCGUCAUUCUCUACCACUGCAAUCUGUUUAUUAUGUUGCUACCUCUGCUUGCUUUCUCGUAGGUUGUCUGAUGUGAUCACGUGAUGGAAGCAGGGAAUCACCAACCAUUUGGGGCCACUGCGCAUGUUUGGAAUGCUGUGGGCGCCAGUCACAAAAUGGCCGCCGGGGUUGCAUGGCAUAACACAAAAACGGCUACCACACCCAAAAGAGCAGAAAAAGAAACAGGGACACAACAUGGUGUGGGCACACCUUCCUAUUAUAUCCCCCUUUCAAGCUGGGGAGGCACUUAUAGCAGACUUCACUGUGCUCAGCCAUAGAGAGAAGCACUCUGUAUUAUUAUUUUUUGUUCAGAGUACAGUGGUACUUCGGGUUACAUACGUUUCAGGUUACAGACUCCGCUAACCCAGAAAUAGUACCUCAGGUUAAGAACUUUGCUUCAGGAUGAGAACAGAAAUCAUGCUCCGGCGGCGCAGCGGCAGCAGGAGGCCCCAUUAGCUAAAGUGGUGCUUCAGGUUAAGAACAGUUUCAGGUUAAGAACGGGCCUCCGGAACGAAUUAAGUACUUAACCCGAGGUACCACUGUAGAUGCGAGGGCAAAUGUUCAGACCUGGCGCCCAGUGAAAUGUGGGCAUGUGGAAGAGGCCUGAGCUAGUGCAAACAGGUAUUGAGCAGGAAGAAUGGUGUAAUGUGGAUUUUUGAGGGGAUAUUUACUGAGGCUUUCUGUGGGUGGCGUAGGAAGUUCUGGCAGUUAGGCCUGGACGUUGGGGCAUUGAGUUGGGGCAUUGAGAUUUGGUUCCCAGCCAAUGUUAGUUUACCUCUUAUCCCCCCACUUGGGCACAUGCACAAAAGCAUCUUCCAGACAGAAUCUUGUCGUGGGUAUACCUGCAGGACCACAGUGUGGCAGCACCUAUACUUUGGAACUCCCUGCCUCUUGACAUCAGGCAGAGGCACCUUUGCUGUAAUCUUUUCAGUGCCUGCUUCAAACAUUUUUCUUUAGGCAAGCCUAUUCAGACAGGUAGCAGCUACAUGCGUUUCAUUUCAAUUUUGUGAAACAAAUAAAUGGAAGAGUAAAGAACAUUGACACUGUUCUCUUGAGUCUUUGCCAUGAACUCGUUUUUGAACAACCUCACCUCGGCAUAUAUUUAUUUUUGCUUUAUGUUUUAAUUACGGUACCAGAUUUUGAAAAUAACACGAUCUAACUCAACAACUCAUUUUUAUUUUUUUAUUAUCUUUUUUCUCAUUACCACAGAAAGGAAAAGGCAAAAAUGGAGGAAAAGAGGGCAAAGGAUCUCGGCAUGGUUCAAAAUCUCCCAGUAAAGAAAAAAGUCUCUCUCCUCAGGGUGGGUCCUUGGAAAUUCCGGUCCUUCCAAUCUGAGCCUUGUUGUACAGGAUCUUUUUUUGCUCUGAGGGAAAAACUGGCAUUGAAAUUAAUGUGGUUCAACUAGGCCUUUGACAGUUUAACAUCCUGUAAUGUUUUAAAUGUGUUUGUGGGACGUGUGUGUGUGUGUGUGUGUUAUUGGCUCAUGUAGUUUUUUGUUUGUUUGUUCCUGUUAUUGCAUUUUUUGUGUUUUUAUCUUGUAUCUUUAUGUUGAGAACCGUGCUGAGUUCUACGGGUGAUGACACCAGCAUUUAAAGUCAGUGCGGUUUAGGAAGGCUCAGCCCACCACCACUUUGAUUCAAAAGGGCAUCCGGUUGUAGUCAACAAAAACUUGCUCCUUUAUCUCAAGAACUAUAGUGCAAAAUUUGGUUGUGGUAACUUAAGAGGUGUCUGAAAUGCAUAGAGAACAGGCAAAGAGACAAAUGACUUUCAAAAAUAUAUAGCAGAUGCUUUUCUUCCUUUCAGCCAUGAGUUUUAAUGUCACCUUCUCUGCUAUCGUGGAAGAGAAAGAAGAAAGUUCAGCUCCAUCACUAUCAAGCGUGGAAGCAGAGCAAGAGUCAAUUCUUAGCGCUCCCAUGAAGGAAUUAGCAGGUGAGAAAACUAGAGCUUUUUAGAUAGCAAGCUAUCAGGUAUGGAUCACUUUUUUAUCAACGUAAAGAAUCAUUUUUGCAUUUUUGGAGUUGCUGUUAUUGAUAUAUGUACGUUUAUGUUUGGCACACCCACCCACACAAUUUCAUAACCCAGAAUGCAGUUUCCAAAAACCUUUGUUAGGAUUUAUUUUGUUAGCUUUCAUGUUUAACCAUUGAGCAAGCUAAAGAUGUUGCACUUUUAGUAUAUCUCUUUGUUUUCCUAUAUUCUGGGUGUUUUGUUUCUUUACUUCUGGAUUGUGUUGGCACCCACAAUAAGUUGACCUUUAUUUAUUUGAAAAGCAUUCCCUUCUCUAUCCAUAGCUGUCAAGUGUCCCUUAUUUGGCGGGACAGUCCCUUAUCCCAGCGCCAUGUCCCGCUGCUGUCCCUUAUUGAUGAUGUCUCUUAAAUUUCCCGGGUUUCAAAGGAAGCAGCUCCUCUCCCUCCCUCCCUGCCGACCAGGGAAGAGGGAGGCUCCAACUGUGUCACUUGGCUGUGUUGCUCACCCAGUAAGGAGUCUAAGAACGACUGGGGGUGGAGCUUGCAUGCCUUGUGCCGAUCAAAUUGGCCGCGUUGCCUGGGGACUCGCCUUUGCUCAGCGCUUCCCAGCGGAGAGGUGACGGUGGUUUUCCUUGCUGCAUCCCCUUUGCCGGGUUGCUGCGCUGUGGGAACCACCACUUGAGGCUUCGUUUGGCUGCUGGUUGACUAAAAUCCUUUAUUUUGGCUGCUGAUCCCUUAUUUUCGAGGCUGCUGGUCCCUUAUUUUCAAAUCUGUAAGUUGACAGCUAUGUCUCUAUCUAAUCUAAUUAGAGGUGCUGCUUGUUGGAAGGUUCACACUGAGCUGCAGAUUGCGCAGUAUUUGAGUACACAUUCCUGUAAGAUUUCCUGCUGUCACAAGAGGGCAGUAAAAGAACACCAGACCAGAACACAAUAACUUGGACCUUCCUUUUUUGAAGGCUUUCACAACGGGACAAGUUGCUCUGACCCCACAGCUAAGUCCCAAACGAAGCGUGCUUGAAUUCUGCAGUGGAUUGCAAGCCAUAAGCCAUAAGCCAACAGUAUUGCACAGAUGGGGAACCUUUGGCCCAGGGUCUAAAUACAGCCCUCUAUGCAUCUCUGUCUGCCCCCCAGGACUCUCCCCGGGGCCAUACACCUCAUGAGAUACACCCCUCACUAACCCUGCUUUGCACCCUCCUUUAAAAAAAGAAAAGAAAAUGUUACUGAUUUUUUAAAAUAGCAAAAUAACAAUCCCCACAACCAACAUCCCACUACCCUUCAAAUGAAGGUUCCUUAGAAGAAAGCAUUGUUGCAAAAUGUCAGGUCUGUGCACCCAUCUUGGGUGCUUUUGUCUGGUUCGAAUGGAUCCCCAGACUCUGAUAAUGCUGCUUGCUUGCCUGGGCAGAGGAUGGAAAGGAACUAGCUUACCAUGCAAAAGGUAAAAUUCACAUUUGUUGCUCAGCCCACUUUUAAUUCUGGCCCUGCCUAUUCCGCCUCCACCGCCCCACCUUCCCCCACCCCUGGAUCCACAUAGGAUCUUCUGCAUCCUAAGCAUGUGGUCUGCUAUGAAGCUAUGAUAGUCUUUCCCCUACAACAGGGGUUGGCCAAAGGGGGUGCUCUGCUGCAGAAGCGGCCAUCAUCCUCAGCCAGCACAGCCAAUAGCCAGGGAUGAUGGCAGUUGUAGGCAUCACACAUAACUGGAGGGCGCUUCGUUGGUCGUCCCCUGCCCUACAACUAAAACUCCAUUUUAUUUCCCAUCCCCUCACUCCGCCGUCUUGCAGAUAACCUCGAAAGUGCAAAGAACGAGCAGAAGGACAAACUUGGUUUAUGGAUGAGCCAGAUAUACAUCUUUUUUGUCAACAAAUUCUUUGCCGGCUACAAACACUUGGAAGUCGUGAAAGAAACCAUUAUAGACAACAGGAUUCGGCACGCUGAAUUCCUUGUACUGAAGAAAAUCCAAGAAGCUGAAGAAGAAGCAAAGUGAGUUUUCAGCUUUUGCUUGUGGAUCAUGGUUUCUAACCUGCUCCCAAAUUUGGCAGGAGCCUUGCCACAUGCGUUCAUAGAAUCAUAAGAGUUGGAAGGGUCCAUGAGGGUCAUCUAGUCCAACCCCCUGCAAUGCAGGAAUCUCUUGCCUAAUGUGGGGCUCAAACCAACGAGCCUGAUAUUAAGAGUCACAUGCUCUACCAACUGAGUUAUCCCAUCAUAAAACAGGGUGCUUUGCUAGAUGGCCCGGCUGUUUUCAUUGGAGACAUGCUGGAAAUACCUGGACUUCAUUGCUAUAGUCUGCCUUCUAUUAUGCCAGAUUGAGAUUACAUGUUCACAUGUAAGGCUAAACUGUGCCUUAGCGUUAGAAGUAGCUGUAGUGAGCCUUGAUUUUUAAUGAACUAUAUCUAUGGAGCUAAGGAAGCAAAGUGAACAGGGUAUCUGGAAAAAUGAGAAACUUGAGAGAAAGAACAUACUUAUCCAUGCCACUUCCAAGUUUGAGCCUUAGGCUCAAAAUGCUCAAAUCAAGAAGACAGUGGCAAGUACCACUGGUCAUCUUUAGAAAAAGAGUUAAUUUUCUUCACUAGGGGGUAAUUUACUUCCUUUGCUUAUGCUGAUAUGAUUAAGCAAAGAUCAAGAUUUAAUAUAUAUAUUUAACUGCCGCUAUAUCUGUAUUGUCUCUGUUAUGACCCAAUUGCAAUUCAAUGUAUUCCUGUUGUGUUUUAUGAUUAUUAUUAUUUUUUUUAAAUGAUAUUUAUUAAAGUUUCACAAAAAUACAGAAAACAAAGAAAAAAGUAUAAAUUACAGCAAAAAAGCAAAAAGUAAGAAAAAACAUACAAAAUAAAACAGUUAAAAACACACUAAUGUUCCAUAACCUAUCUUCCUUACUCAUAUUUCCCCAGACCUCCUCAUACCUCCCUUCUUUGUAUUCCAAUUCAGUUUGUUGGUUCAGCAAAUCCUUACCAUUAAUCUUUUACCCAAUUGUUAACCUUUUUUUUCCCCCAUGUCUCUUAAAGCAUUACAGCUAAAAACCUCUUAAUUUCUAUCCAGCAUCCUUCUAAAGUCCUUAAUUUUACAAUCUUUCUGUAAAUAGUCCUUAAUUUUUUUCCAGUCUUCUUUCACCGACUCUUCUCCCUGGUCUCGGAUUCUGCCAGUCAUUUCCGCCAAUUCCAUGUAGUCAAUCACCUUCAUCUGCCAUUCUUCCAAAGUGGGUAGAUCUUGUGUCUUCCAAUACUUUGCGAUAAGUAUUCUUGCUGCUGUUGUAGCAUACAUGAAAAAGGUUCUGUCCUUCUUUGGCACCAGUUGGCCGACAAUGCCCAAGAGAAAGGCCUCUGGUUUCUUCAGAAAGGUAUAUUUAAAUACCUUUUUCAGUUCAUUAUAUAUCAUUUCCCAGAAAGCCUUAAUCUUUGGGCACGUCCACCAAAGGUGAAAGAAUGUACCUUCAGUUUCUUUACAUUUCCAACAUUUAUUAUCGGGCAAAUGAUAAAUUUUUGCAAGCUUGACUGGGGUCAUGUACCACCUGUAUAUCAUUUUCAUAAUAUUCUCUCUUAAGGCAUUACAUGCCGUAAACUUCAUACCUGUGGUCCAUAACUGUUCCCAGUCAGCGAACAUAAUAUUAUGUCCAACAUCUUGUGCCCAUUUAAUCAUAGCAGAUUUCACCGUUUCAUCCUGAGUAUUCCAUUUCAACAGCAAGUUAUACAUUCUUGACAAAUUUUUAGUUUUGGGUUCUAACAAUUCUGUUUCUAAUUUUGACUUUUCCACUUGGAAGCCUAUUUUCUUAUCCAAAUUAUAUGCCUCCAUUAUCUGAUAGUAGUGGAACCAAUCUCUCACUUUAUUUUUUAAUUUUUCAAAACUCUGCAAUCUCAAUUUAUCUCCUUCUUGCUCCAAAAUUUCCCAAUAUGUCGGCCAUUUGGCCUCCAUAUUGAGCCUUUUCAGAGCUUUUGCUUCCAUUGGUGACAGCCACCUUGGGGUUUUAUUUUCCAAUAAGUCUUUGUAUCUUAUCCAGACAUUAAACAAUGCUUUCCUAACAGUAUGAUUUUUAAAUGCUUUGUGUGCUUUGACCUUAUCAUACCAUAAGUAUGCAUGCCAUCCAAAUACAUUGUUAAAACCUUCUAAAUCCAAAAUGUCUGUAUUUUCAAGAAGUAGCCAUUCUUUCAGCCAGCAGAAAGCUGCUGAUUCAUAAUAAAGUUUAAGGUCUGGCAGGGCAAAUCCACCUCUUUCCUUGGCGUCAGUUAAUAUCUUAAAUUUUAUUCUGGGCUUCUUGCCCUGCCAGACAAAUCUAGAAAUAUCUCUCUGCCACUUCUUGAAACAGUCCAUCUUAUCUACAAUUUGUAAUGUCUGAAACAAAAACAACAUUCUAGGCAAUACAUUCAUCUUUAUCACAGCAAUACGGCCCAGCAACGAGAGUUUCAAAUUUGACCAAAUUUCUAAAUCUUUUUCACUUCCGUCCAACAUUUUUCAUAAUUAUCUUUAAAUAAGUUCCCAUUUUUGGCUGUCAUAUUAAUCCCCAAGUAUUUCACUUUCUUUACCACAUUCAAUCCUGUCUCAUUCUGAAACCUCUCUCUUUCAAUCGGUGUUUUCUCUAAAACCUUAGUUUUUAACUUGUUCAAUUUAAAACCUGCCACCUGACCAAAUUCCUGAAUUAAUUCUAAAACUCUUUUAGUACUAGAUUCUGGCUCCUGUAACGUCAAUACUAGGUCAUCUGCAAAUGCUCUCAAUUUGUACUGUUUAGCUCCGACCUGUAUGCCCUUAACCAACCGGUCCUUUCUAAUCAUAUUUAGCAAAACCUCCAGGACCGAUAUAAAAAGCAGUGGGGAAAUUGGGCACCCCUGUCGUGUCCCUUUUUCUAUCUUAAAUUCUUCCGUAACCACAUUAUUUACAAUUAAUUUAGCCUUUUGUUCAGAGUAUAUUGCACCUAUACCAUUUUCAAAACCUUGGCCUACCCCCAUCCCAUGCAGAUUCUUCUUCAUAAAACUGUUUUAUGAUUUUCCUGAUAUUGUAAGUGAGCCGGAACUGGUCUGUGACCAUAAUAAUAAAAAUUAAUUAAAUUAAUUAAUUAAAAAUGAUUAAGCAAGGUUUGCAUCUGAACAUGAAGCUGGCUGUUUCAAUAAGGGAUGGCUCCUUGAUAUCGUCCUGACAUUUGUCUGGGUGCCAUUUAUGGAUUUGUUGUUUCGUGGCUCACAUGUUCUGAACUGUGUUACGACUUUUUGGUUUAAGAGACUCUGAUCCCCCAACUUCUCUGUCCCACCCCACUCUGGCCACAGGCUUAAUGCUAUGAGGGAGGCAGAGGAAGCCAGAAAGCUAGAAGAAGCUGCAGCAGAAAAAGCAGCUCAGGAGCUGGAGGAAAGUUUGUGCAGAGAGUUGGAGGAAGCAUCGAUACAGCUGCAGUCUUCGCCAAAAGAAGAAUCCCCUGUUUCACCACAGGCGCCACCAAGCACCAAGACUACUGGAGGUGGGAAGAAGAAGAAAAAGGCAUAAAAUGAGCAGCUGUACAAUAUCAGAUUAUUGUACCGAGGCAUGCCGAAUCCAAACAUUGCAAUUCAUGUUAGCUUUGGGUUACAGGAAUAAUAAAUAUCGGAGCAAUAAAACUGAAUAACUUUGUGAAGAAAACCGCACACGAAUAAUUCCAGAUGCCACCAGGUUUGUCAAAGAACUUUCAAACACAACCACUAUAAGCCUUUCUUUCAUUUGGUUGCAAUACUGUGCAGUUCCAUGAGACUAUAAGUCAAGAGGACUUGCUUGCAAGUAGACAGGCAUAGGAUUGCAAGUAUCCAAACCGCUGGUGUAAUGCCCAGGUAGGGUCACCUAGGAAAAAAAUAUAAGAAAGGAAAGGAGCUUAUUUCCAAGUGAAAUGUGCAGGGGUGAGAUCAAACUUUAAAUAUCUCACACCCUUCCAUUUUUUAGAAAAAAGUUAAACACUGAUAAAAUAGAGAUGCUUCUUCUAGCUCCGAUUCAAGAAUGGGAUGUUUACGAUGCUUUCUGUAACUUCAGUUGAACCAACGUAUAUAGAUUAAAAUAAAAUAAAGGGUAUGUGUUGUUAUUUCGCACAACUUGGCUAUCCUGAAGAUGUGUUUCCAUGUUAAAAAAAAAAGGUAUAGAAGACAAGGACCUAGAGAUAAGAGACAGAAGCAGGGCUUGCAGAAUGGUAAUCUGGGAAGAAACACCUUUGCAGCAAAACUUGUUCACUAUCUGGCAUUUCUGUUGCACAAACUGCUCCUUUGACGUAGGAUCACAAAGCAGUAAGGGAUCAGUAAAGUCAUUAAAUUCAAGGCAACUCCAUUUUUUAAAAAAUGUAUUUUUUAUUAAAGAUUUUCUUAGUUUACAAAAGUAUGUGCAAUGUCCCUCACUCUCUCUCCUCACACCCCCAGUAACAUUUUUUACAGAUCAGUUUCAUUUGUUGAGACAUUCGGAAGAAAAGGGGGAAAGAGGUGGGGGGGGGGAGGUGAGUGGGGGUGAUGUCAGGUGGUGAUGUUUCUAUUGUACUUAAUAUAUGUGGGGUUUUGUGUCAGCAUCGCUUGUGCAGGUUCUCUGCUAUUCACUUGUGUUCCUUUGGUGGUGAGAGAGGUUGGGGUUGGCCUAGGGUGUGGUUGUUUGUUUGUUUGUGAUUGGCUGUGGUGAUCUUUGUUUCAUGUGUGAGUGGGGUGGGUGGGUGUUUUUGAAUCAGGUUAGCCAUAUUGAUUUGUAUGCUGUUGGUGGAGUUUUGUCAUUCUCUUGUUGGGCUGUGUAUGUGAUAAAGGGAAGCCAUAACGGUGUGAAGGCGUCUUCUUCUGUUUGUUCCCCUGUCAGUUUCAGUCUAUUGGUUAAUUUUUCUAGUAAGGCUGUUUCCGAUACUAUUUGGUUCCAUUGAUCCAUGCUUACUCCUGACAGGUCUCUCCAGUGUCUGGUUAUGGUGUUUCUGGCUGCUGAAAGUAGGUGGACUAUGAGUUAUUUGUGGUGUAAAUGGGCAUUAUUGUCUUGGAAGAUGUUUAGUAGGGCCAAUUCUGGGGUGAUUUCUAAUACUUGCUUAGUUAUUUUACAUAUUUCUCAUAUGGCUGUUGUCCAGAAUAGUUGGAUUUUGGGGCACUCCCACCACAUGUGGAGGUAUGUGCCUGUGGAGAUGCACCCUCUCCAGCAUUUUGGUGAGGUUCCUGGGCGUAUUAGCGCUAGUUUUCUUAGUGUUAGGUACCACCUGAAGGUGAGUUUCAGAGUGAGUUCUUUUCUUUUCGUUGAUAUAGAUUUAAAGGGGGGUUUAGACCACAUUCUGGUCCAUUGAGUGGGGUUAAUCUCAUAGCCUAUGUCAUCCUCCCAUUGUUUUUUGAUUGCGUCUAGGGGGUUCGUGGGAUUUUGGAGUAGUAUUUUGCAUAUUGCGGAUAGCAUCCCUUUACGGUAUCCCUUUGUUGUUAGGAGGAGGUUUUGAAGGUUGUCAGGGGCCUAGUUGCUGCUGAUUUUACUGCUGGAUUGUUUAAGAGGGCAACUCCAUUUUUGAGGGGAGCACAGCUCGGUGGCGGAAGAGAUGCUUUGAAGGCAGAAGGUCCCAGGUUCUGUCGGGUAUCGAGUGAUGUGAAGUCCCUUUUCCCCAAGACCCUGGACAGAACCAUCUGUCAGCAUAGACAAGAUUAGAGUGCACCACAUCAUUCUUUCCUCCCCCAAGCCAAAUACAAUGUAGUCACCUGGCACCCCAAAAGGUUAGAUUCCUGUUGUUGUUGCUGCUGCUGCUGCUGCUUGCCUACAACAAUAGUAACUGGGGGCUGUCAAGUCCUUCCUGGCUGGGGCUUGCCAAUCAACUUUGCAGUUCAGGUCUGGUUUAAGGCAUUGCAAAAACAUCCUCAUUCAGCAGAAAGCUCUGAACUAAACUGAAACAUCUAAAUCUAUUUACUAUGUUCCCUUUCCCUACAUUAAUCAGGCAAAGCCACUCCCGACCUAAAGAGGGGGGGGGUUGCGGGCUCAUGCCCCCGUCUACAUUCUCGCGGGGCUGGCGUCAGCCCCGUGGGACUCAGGGAUUCCCCAGUCUCAUUAAUAUUCAUCACCCUCGGUGCCAGCCAAUCAGCUGGCGGUAGGGGCGGGCUUACCUAGGUGCUCUUUAGGUCGGGGCAGCCCUGACUCGCCCCUUUUCUUCUCUACAGCAGCAGCGGUUUCCCACCCACCCGCCCUCUAGGUUUGCAUUCGGACUUUGCUAUGGGCUUCGGCUGGUCGCCGCAAGGGGCCUGGUAGGAGUUUUUCCAUUUGGCUAAUUGGCUGUAUUUUGAAGCCACUUGGUUUUUUCGCCUACCUCGUAGCAAACGUCACAACUCCUUGGUUUUGGCGGUUAGGCAUUGGCAAGGGUAUUGUUAUGCAAAUGAAGUCGGGGGGGAGGAACGCCAUCACCUCCCCCAAAUCUUGAAGGGUCAUUCGUUAAAGGACUCCGGGGGGCGUCGCCUCGUCUGAAACCUACGGAGGCUAGGGCCUAAAGCGCACUCCCGAGCGGUAACCCCUUGGGGAGCGCCUAGGGAUGUGCAUCUCGGGGGCUCCCCCUGUUGGUGCUUAACCCUUCCCGGUUAGACCAGAUAGUCUGUUAGGGCCAAUGCCUAAAGCCAAUACCACUCUUACCUGUAAUCAAUAAAGUUGUGGCCAUUUUCGCCCAUUAACCU